AGAGUGAGCAUCCCAUAUCCUACUUGCCAUGGCGUCAGCGAAGGAACCAUACUUUGCUUCCAGCCCAUGCGCGCUAGGUAGCCUCCGUGCAGCUGCUGGCAUCAGCCUGGGUGAAGCCCUGUGUCCUCCGAUCCCAACGACUCGGCUCCGCGAUCCCUCCCCGCGGGAGGGCUGGCGCAGCGCUUCUUCGCGGCAAUCGCCACGGCCUCACUGCGGUCGGCAGUAUCUCAGUCCAGCUGCAGCUGCUGGUCAUUUGGCCCUGCCCAGCGCAAGGUCUAAGAUGUUGCAGGAAACUGGUUGGCCGGCUGAUUUGGUUGCCAGGGCUGGCAUGGGCGUUCGAGGUUUGGUGCCGCGCGGAACCCUCUUUGAACGCUAUAUGACAUGCCCGGUGGAGCCCACCCGCAAUGGCUUGUACCAGUUUUGUAUCGUGGGCCUGGACGCUACACCAGGCAGCCCAAGAUAUUUGGGCUGGGAGCCAACAGGAUAUUUCGACCGAUGGUUUCACUGCGAUGAGGUGGACUUGCGUUUGGCAUUGCAACGGGCACAUCAGGUGUACAAAGAAGGAGAGCGAGAGGCAGUUCGAUGGCCCGAUGCGGCAAAUGCGCAUGAGUCGCUGGUGUACGCUGGACGUUUACCGAAGUUGACAUCCAGAGGGCUACCUACCAUAACGGCUGACUGUAAGCAUCAUCCAAGGAAUACCAUUGACCUGAUGGGUCCGCUGCUUUAUGAAUGGCAAAAGCGCUUCUUGUCACUUCUGCGCCUGGAUCGAUGCCGGACGCUGCAACUGCUGGUGCUGGAUGGCUCUGCACGGCUGGCGCGACACCUCCAGGAUUCUUUGGAAGACGUAGAGGUGUUCGCCACGGAUGCCAAAAAGCUCCCCAAACCGAAGCCACUGGGUUCCUUGCGGGACAAGGCGCGAACUUCAGUGGACUAUGAUCGAUUGCAGACUGCUCCACCAGCGUUGAAGCUUACGGAAAAUGAGUUCGACGUUGUGGUGAUCCCCUUUGUUUCGCAGAGGCUCUGCAAAGGAGAUCUGAAGGCUCUGCUAACUAUGAUGCGGGAGGCGCUUCGAUGCUGCUCAGGCCAUGUUCUUAUAGCCGAGGAUCUAGCGGAAGAACAGCUGGUUGAAUGGAAGCAAGUCAUUCAGGGCGACUGGUCUGCCACAAUCCUAAUGGAUGGGACACUCCCAUCUGGAGAGGUGAAAGAUCAUUUCUUGUCACCAAUCUGCGACUCAAGGGAGCGAAGGUAUUUGGUGAUCGACGCUGCCAGCUUCCAGGAUCGGAAAGAAGCCCGGGCAGUGCCUGGAUUCAAGCGCAGUUUCACGACACCAGUCUGAAAGACAACUGUCAGAAGGUUUCACUCAGCAGGCCAAAAGGCUGCUGAAAAGCGUAGUGACCCUGUGACCUGAGGGGUGACUCUCCUGUUUGGAGAGCUUAGAUUAGACGGUUGCAAUGACCCGUCUGUCCUCUAGGAUCGCUCAAGCUCAAAGGAAAAA